AGGACCUCAUGGACCUCUUUGAAGCCGGAGGGGUUGGGUCACACUACCGCUACUAGUUCACGGACCCACCGAGCGUGUAGGAGCUAAACAAGUCCAACGGACGGGUACUAGAAAGGUGUACUUUUUAUGUGUACUUUUUUCCCCGCACUUUGGACAGUAUCUUCGCUUCUUUCCGACGUAGUAGAACCCAAGCUAGUGAUUUGACUUGACAAGCCCGCUCCGCUACUGUAUCCACUCCCCCCCUCCUCCUCCUCCCCAGCGCCACACAACCAGGAAAUCGUCGAGGUGUGCUCGGUUUAUCCCGCUAGUAGCUACCCCGUCUGCGGGUGUAGAUGCGACUUCACCCCCGUUGAAUAUCUCCGCGUUUAAAGGGUUUGGGCUUGUUUGACUUUAAUCAGCGGGGGCUUACGCUUUCAAGUGAGCCCAAAGUUGCCCGCCAGGAGAGGAGCUGCACUCCGGCCAAACAAUGAGUGAGUCGAGUAUCUGCCAGGCUCGGGCCACUGUGAUGAUCUACGACGAUGGCAACAAGAAAUGGCUGCCGGCAGGUGCUGGGCCCCAAGCCUUCAGCCGGGUGCAGAUCUAUCACAACCCCUCCAACAACGCCUUCCGGAUAGUGGGCCGCAAGAUGCAAACAGAUCAGCAGGUGGUUAUAAAUUGUCCUAUCGUGAGAGGCUUGAAGUACAACCAGGCCACACCUAAUUUCCACCAGUGGCGGGAUGCUCGACAGGUGUGGGGACUUAACUUUGGCAGCAAGGAGGAUGCUGCGCUCUUUGCCAAUGGCAUGGCGCACGCUGUGGAGGUGCUCAACUCUAUGGCAGAUGCAGGUUAUGCCACGCUUCCUCGGCCAGUGUCAAACGGUCCAUCUCCUGAAGAAAUUGAGCAGCAGCGCAGGUUGGAACAGCAGGAACGUGAGCGUCAGGAGCGUGAGCGUCAGGAGCGUGAGCAUCAGGAGAGAGAGCGACAAGCUGCAGCAGUAGUCUCUGUUCCUCCAGCUCCAACAUUGGCCCCUGGUGGCCUUGCUCCUCCGCCGGCUCCUCCCCCUCCCCCUGGGCCUCCUCCGCCCGCUGGCGUCCCUCCCCCUCCAGGACCGCCGCCAGCUGGACCCCCAUCCGGACCCCCAUCCGGACCCCCAUCCGGAGGACCACCGCCACCUCCACCCCUGCCCUCUGCUGGAGCUGGGGGUCUUGGUGGUGGAGGAGCCGGGGGCUUGGCGGCCGCCCUAUCAGGAGCAAAGCUUCGCAAGACGUCUAAACAAGAAGAUGGAUCCUCUGCGGCUCCAGGGGGCAAAGCUGACGCUAGCCGCAGCAGCAACUCUUCAAUUGGAGGAGGUGGUGACCUGAUGGGUGAGAUGAGUGCCAUCUUGGCUCGAAGGAGAAAAGCUACUGACACUGGUGAGAAGGUGCCUCAGAAGACACAAGACAAUGAGGACUCAGAACCUCCAGGUCACAGUGACAUCAUAAGACGACCAUGGGAGAAAUCAUCAACGAUGUCCAGGAAUAAUUCCAUUCCCAAGAGCAUGGACUCCAUCUCCUCAUUGUCCCAAAGUUCCAGGGUGAAGCCUGCAAACAACGGUAAUGACGCAAGCGGACCAGUAGACGACUCAGACUUAGAGAAAAUGAAACAGGAAAUCCUCGAGGAGGUGAGAAAAGAACUUCAUAAAGUAAAGGAAGAAAUCAUCAGAGCCUUCAUUCAGGAGCUGCAAAAGAGAAGCACAUAGUUGCGAUGUAGCAGAGGGAUGUGAUGGAUAGAGGCGUGUUGGGACCUUUGCUCCACUGCGCCAUCUAUAAUGUAGCCCAGGGAUUUCUCAUUUUGUCUUCUCUCUCUCUCUCUCUGUCUCACACACACACACACACACGCACACACACAAGCAUUGCUUUUGUUUCACCAUGCAUUCAUGCUCUUAUUGUAAAUGAUAACCCAGGGAACCGCCUCCUCAGGCAGCCAUGCCACUUUGUCAAAGGUGGCUCGCUUAUUUUGAUGAUCCCGUCGUUUUUUU